CUUCUACUCCAACCACCAUGGCUGAGAAGGCUGGCGCAUAUGGCACCAAGGCCGCCGACACUGAUUUCAGGAAGAAAUGGGAUAAGGAAGAAUACGCUGAACGGGCGCGGAAAAAGGACGAGGAAGAACGGACCAGAAUGCAAGAAAAUGAGGAGCGCAUGAAACAAGGCAGGAAACCGCGCAAGGCCCCAAAGGAGGACCUUCCGAAGCCGACAGAGCUCAUGAAACGUCGAGAAGCCUCUCUCGAACUGGACAAGAAUCUCGGAAAAACCAUGGUUGUGCAGAAUCCCGGCGCACGAGGGCCGGGGCAGCCUGGUUUCUUCUGUGAAACUUGCAAUCGAAACUACAGGGACAGCACAGGUUAUUUGGAUCACAUAAAUAGCAAAGCACAUCUCAGGAAACUUGGUCAGACGACCCGCGUGGAACGCUCUACCCUCGCACAGGUUCGCGCUCGAAUAGCAUAUCUACGGGAAAAAACCAAAGAGGCAUCAUCUGCCAAGGCUUUUGAUUUUGACCAGCGGCUUGCAGAGGUCAGGGCGAAAGAAGAUGCUCGGCGAGCCGAGAAGAAGGCUCAGAAACAGGCUCAAAAGGAGGAAGCUCGUCUUGCACUUGUCAAAGAUACUGUCAUGGAUGGUGAUGAUGAGAUGUCGAAGCUCAUGGGCUUCGGCGGCUUCGGAUCCACCAAGAAAUGAUCAUCUGUUGAUACCCACACAACUUCAAAUUGUAUCUGUAGCCACAACUCACUGUAUUAUCACACCUGUCAUCACUUCA